AUGCUCUCUCAAAUCUCUACUCGUUUCGCCUCUGCUUCUACUCGCUCCAACAUCUUGACUCGUCGCAGCUUGCACAUGACCUCCAUUGCUCGCACUGAGGGCGCUACUGCUGGAUCCAAAGGAUUCAAGGAAAAGGAAACUGCUGUCGAAAACCAAUGGGCCCGUUCUCAUGAUGCCGAAUUACUCCAAUCCUUGAGAAAGACCUUGGCUGACCAAGAACAAGCUACGGCUGACAUCAAGCAAAAGUUGACUGAAUUAGAAUCCAAGCAAAAGAAAUAG